AUGAAUACACUCAGAUAUUGCUUCUUUGCUGUCCUGAUUCUCAGUGUUUCACUUCCAUUUGUUUUAUAUGUUAUUAAUUUGCAUGCACAAAAAUCUCUUAGGAGACUGAACUUCUCGGUGAAUUCAACUUUAGCAGAAACCUGUAAAGCACUUAUUGAAGACAAGGCACCCUUUGUGAAGGAAAACACUUUAAAAACAUCAUUCAGAGAAUCCAGUUGCACGGAGUACAUCACGCAGAACCACUACAUCACCCGCGCCCUCUCGGCCGAGGAGGCCGCCUUCCCCGUCGCCUACGUCAUGACCCUGCACAAGGAGUUCGAGACCUUCGAGCGGCUCUUCAGGGCGGUGUACAUGCCCCAAAACGUCUACUGCAUCCACGUGGACGCCAAGGCGCCGGGCCCCUUCCGGCAGGCGGUGCGGCGCCUGGUGGGCUGCUUCCCCAACGCCUUCCUCGCCUCCCGGGCGGAGCGGGUGGUCUAUGGCGGCGUCUCCCGCCUGCGGGCCGACCUCCACUGCAUGAGAGACCUGCUGGCCUCGGCCGUGCCCUGGCGCUACCUGCUCAACACCUGCGGCCAGGACUUCCCCUUGAAGACCAACCGGGAGAUCGUCCGGCUGCUGAAGGGUCUUGGGGGGAAGAACAUCACCCCCGGGGUGCUGCCGCCACCCCACGUCACCGCACGCACCAAAUAUGUGCACAGGGAGCAAUUAUACUCUUUCUUUUCUUUCAUGCUGUGGACAUUUGUGCGCAAGGCACCCCCACCGCACAACCUGACCAUCUACUUCGGCUCUGCGUACGUGGCCGUCACCCGUCCCUUCGUGGAGUUUGUGCUGCGGGACCAGCGUGCCAUUGAUCUGCUGGCCUGGUCCGAGGACACAUACAGCCCCGACGAGCACUUCUGGGUGACACUCAACAGGAUCCCGGGUGAGUACACCUUCACUUUUGUUUUCUGUAGAUACACACAUGCACGUACACAUGUACAGAGACAUAUAUCUGAGGCUGAUUCUGACAAAGCUUAG